AUGAACGCCCCGGACGAGCCCAAGCCUCUGAGGCGAACGAUGAGCCUCGUCACGGAAACCCUCGCGAGAGCGGCGAUGACGGGCACCGCGUUCCCUCCGAGCGCCAAAUGCCCGGAUUUCCCCCUCGCGAACUUCUUCUUCGUGGAGAAGGCCCCGUCGGACGCGGACUUGCGAGCGACGAUGAAGAAGAUCGUCGCGUUCGACCGCCUGCGAUCGAAAGUCGUGCAGACGAAGAAGGGCGGGAAGUACGCGUGGUCCGAGGUCGCGGACGUGGAGGAUCACCUCAUGAAGCACGUGACGAGAGAGGAAGUCGACGGCGAGGGCGAGCUUCGGAAACUGAUGGACGCCCUCCUCGUGAAGCCGCUCGACACGGACCGGCCGCUGUGGGACGUGACCGUGAUCACGCUCAAGCCCGGGGCGAAGUGGGCCCCUGGCCCGGGGUCGCCGUCGCGCGCGCCGCCCGUGGUGUGCGUCCGCGUCAGCCACGCCGUGGGGGACGGAUUAGCCCUCGUGAACGUCCUGGAAAACAUCUGCACGGGCGCGGACGGCGGCGGCGUCAAGACGCUGGACUUUAAGCGCCGAAAGAGAGUCAGCGCCGGGAAGAAGUCGUCCAUGUUGAACCCGAUCACGUGCAUCUCCGCGUUCUUCGCGAUGAUGCUGUACAUCUGCCAGUGCGUCUGGGCGGUGUUAGUCUCGUUCGGGACGCCGUUCGGACCGCACGACUCGCGAACCGCGUUUUGCGCGCGGCCGACGAAGGUCAAGUACAGCGGUCGGCGGUCUCUGAUCGUGUGCCCGUCGUUCGGUUUAGACGAGAUCAAGCAGGUGAAGACCACGAUGGGAUGCACGGUGAACGACGUCGUGUGCGCGUGCCUCGCGGGCGCGAUCACGCUGUACAACCAUCACCGAAGGAACGACGUCAAGGAGAAGCGCGAGCCGCUCAUCCGAGCCGCGGUGCCGUACUCGUUCCCGGACCGACCGAAGGGCGUCCUCACGAACGCGUGGACGUUCGUGUCUCUGAAGUUCACGACCGGAAGGAUGGAGAUCGUGAAACGGCUGAAGAAGACGCAGCACACGUGCGAUUUGAUGAAGAAAACGCCCGGGGCGUGGGCGACGAAAUCGCUGAACAUCAUAAGCGCGAAGCUCCUCGGCGCGAAGUUUCAGUCGAACACGAUUUACGAUUUCAUGUCGCGUCACUCGAUGGUGUUCACGAACGUCCCGGGGCCGAUCGCGCCCGUUCGGAUCUUCGGAUCGGAGAUGAAAGAGCUCGUGUUCGGCGUGGGGAACCUCGUGAACCAAGUCAGCGUCGUGUCCUACGCCGGGUCCGUCGGUCUGUCCUUGGUCGUGGACGAGGAGGAGGUGAAGGAGGCGCACCUCAUCGGCGAUUUUUUCCAGCUCGAGUUGAACAACCUGAAAGACGCGGCGGCGGAGAUCGAGGCGAAGGCUGCGGAGGAGAAGGCGAAGGCCGCGGAGGAGAGGGCGAAGGAGGCGAAGACCGCCGCGAACAAAUCGUGA